AUUGGCAACCGCGCACGGAACUUUUGUGAUUGAACAUUAAAAUUAAUUAAAUGUACAACUUACAAUAGAAAUGUGCGUAAAACAACAAUAAUAAUUGUCGCCCGCGGGCAGCAAUAAAGUGUACAAUGCGGGAAGUGCCCACCGGAAUAUGAAGCAACAACGCGCGUUGCGGGCGGCCGUGGAAGUAACGAUUUUUGCAUGAGUCGCGCUUGGCCAAAAAAAGUAAGAAAAACAAAGAGGCUGCCAAAUUAAAAUGCAGCGCCCAUAACUAAGCCGUUUUGUAAUUAUAAGUGCUAACGCGAGUAUAAAUAAAUUUGUUUAUUUCGAUGCCCGUGUGCGACUGUUUGUAAUUCGGUUUUCGCUUUGUUGCUGUUGUUUGUUUGGGUUUUUGCGCUACUCUCUCCAACGUAAGCGCGUCAUUCAAUUCAUGUUAGUGUGUUGGUGCAGUGACGUAAACAAAUGCAAAUGAAAAAGCAUUUGUGUGCGAAUAUUUCAAAAAUGCCAACAACAAAACAGCCGCAUGCCGAUGCCGAUGCCGUUUCACGUGCCAAAUAUACAUUGUAGCAACAACAAAACGAUAACUUUUUCGCCUCGUGUGUUUUGUGCAUCUCAUUCGCUGCAAGGCCAGCUGAGCGCAACACGUUUGUGUUGUUUCUGCUGCAUGCGUAGGCGGGCAGAGCAGUAACAGCAGCGCAGCAGAAUGUGCGAAUGUGUGCGUGCAUUAAUUGAAACAUAGAUGCGACAGCUCUUCAAGAAGCCAGAGACAAAAGGAGCUGCAGCUAAAUUUGAUAAGACGGCCCAGUCAAUGUCUGAUAGUGCAGCAACUGAAAGUGGGUCUCUCAUAUGACUGAUAAUGGCAGUCAACGCUGCCUGCUACAGCAACAACAAAAACAACAACAACGACAGCAGCAGCAGCAACAACAACAAGGGAAACGGUAGCAGUUACGAUGGCCAAACAAAAUGAAUAUUUGAAAAUUUGGAAACAUAUCAAAUGGCGAAUUGAAAAGUGAAACCAAAAUCGAAAAGUGAAAGGAAAAGAGAAAUUCCACAAAAGAAAAAGACAAGAAAACAAUUAAUAAAUUUUAUACGCCGGGUACUUAAAAAUUGUUGAAAUUAACAAGUGCCAUACGCGAGUGUUGAAAUCGAGUUUACAUAGAUAUAGUUCUAGAACCUAUUUCAGCUUACGAAUAACACAUAUCCCAAAAGCAACGCUGCCAAUUAAAGAGCAAUCCAUAAAUAUAUAUAUUAAUAUAUAUAGACUUGUAGUUAACACCACCGAGCGGAAGUCCAACAACAAUAUGACAAUAUCAGCAACAGCAGCAGCAGCAGCAAGAACAACAACAUCUACACCAGCAACAGGAACAGCAUCAACAAUAAUACACAACAUUGCAAAUCGCUUGCCUGGCAAAUCGCUGAAAUAUGAAAAACUCAUUAAACAGCCGCAAAUGCAGUCGGGCACGACGAGCGUGACCGGCACCCAAACGGAUGCGGAUGCGGAUGCCAAUGGUCUUGGGACUGCGGACCCAUUCGCCGAUUGCGGCCAUCUCAAUAAGCAUUUUGGCAAUGGCCAUGCCACGCCCCCUGACCUGCAUACAACCAACAUCACAACAGAUCGCAGCAUGCUGCUGCCGCCGGAGCAUACAGGCAACGGUUUUCUGGCCAGCGGCAUUGUCACGUACAAGGCGAAAACGAAUGGCGGCAACUACGACUUCAACUCUACCUCAUCAACGACUAUUGGCAGUGUGAGCGGUGGUGGAGGUGGCGGCGGUAGUGGUGCUGGUGGUGCCGGCUCAUCCAUUGCGAGUUCGCUUUGCCAUUGUUGUAAUUUAAUUGCACGCCGCUGCAUUGGCAUCAAUGUGCGACGCUGUGUCGUGGCGCUGUUUGCCAUCACCGUGGUCAGCAUUUUCUACUACACGCACUACGUGGGCACCGACGUGUUCGAUGGGCUUAUUCAGCGUGAUACUCAUCCGGCGCCCAUCAUCAACUGCCGAAUGAUAAACUCAGCUGGCAAACACAUACGUGACGCCUCACCAGCGCCCGAUCAUCGUUCCGAGGCACGUCUACGCAUCGAUCCCAAGGUGUUGGUUUUUGUGGAGACAACGUACUCUGGUCUGGGUCGGGACAUUGCCGAGUUGCUGGUCUACAAUCGGAUCAAAUAUAAAAUCGAAGUAGCCGGCAAAAGUCUUCCUGUGCUGACGAAUCUGGACAAGGGUCGCUAUGGCGUCAUUGUCUUUGAGAAUCUGGACAAGUAUCUCAACAUGGACAAGUGGAAUCGUGAAUUGCUGGACAAGUAUUGCCGCGAGUACUCCGUGGGCAUUGUGGGCUUUGUCAGUCCCAGCGAGGAGACGCUUGUCGGUGCCCAGCUGCGCGACUUUCCGCUCUUCGUGCACACGAAUCUGCGCCUGCGAGAUGCCAGUCUGAAUCCCGCUUCAUCUGUGCUGCGUCUAACGCGAGCCGGCGAAACGGCGUGGGGCGCCUUGCCGGGCGAUGAUUGGGCUGUAUUUCAGCAUAAUCACAGCACCUACGAGCCGGUGGAGUGGGCGCAGCGCAACACACAGGAGUAUCCGGCGGACAGUGUGGGUCAGGUGCAACUGCCACUCACCACGGUGCUGCAGGAUCGCGGACAACUGGAUGGCAUCCAGCGCGUGCUCUUCGGCAGCAGCCUGCGUUUCUGGCUACAUCGUUUGGUCUUUCUGGAUGCGCUCAGCUAUCUCAGUCAUGGUCAGCUGAGUCUCAGCCUGGAGCGCAUGAUCCUGGUGGACAUCGAUGAUAUCUUUGUGGGCGAGAAGAGCACACGUCUGCGCCCGGACGAUGUGCGCGCUCUGAUUGCCACGCAAAAGAUCAUUGGCGGCAUGGUGCCCGGUUUCCGUUUCAAUUUAGGCUUCUCCGGCAAGUAUUAUCAUCACGGCACCAGGGAGGAGAAUCUGGGCGAUGAUUUUCUGCUGCAGAACGUGCAGGAGUUCAAUUGGUUCUCGCACAUGUGGAAGCACCAGCAGCCGCAUCUGUAUGACAACCUCACCCUGCUCAUGGCCGAGAUGCAGCUGAACUAUGCGUUCGCCAAAGAGCAUAAUAUACCCACAAAUUCAGGCUACUCCAUAUCGCCGCAUCAUUCGGGCGUCUAUCCAGCACACGAGCUACUCUACCUCGCCUGGAAGCAGGUGUGGAAUGUGAAGGUCACCUCCACGGAGGAGUAUCCACAUUUGCGACCCGCACGCCUGCGUCGUGGUUUCAUCCAUCGGAAUAUUAUGGUGCUGCCCAGGCAGACUUGUGGCUUGUUUACCCACACCAUGUACAUAGAUCGUUAUCCGGGUGGGCGGGACAAGCUGGACGAGUCGAUACAGGGCGGGGAGCUGUUCCAGACCAUUGUCUACAAUCCCAUCAACAUAUUCAUGACGCACAUGUCCAACUAUGGCUCCGAUCGCCUGGCUCUCUACACAUUCCAAUCGGUCAUCAAGUUCCUGCAGUGCUGGACCAAUCUGAAGCUGGCCUCAGCACCGCCCAUACAAUUGGCUGAGACGUACUUCCGCCUGCAUCCCGAGGAGGUCGAUCCUGUGUGGGGCAAUCCCUGUGACGAUGCGCGUCACAAAAAGAUUUGGUCCAAGACCAAAAACUGCGACUCGCUGCCCAAAUUCCUGGUCAUCGGGCCACAAAAAACGGGCACCACCGCCCUCUACACAUUCCUCUCCAUGCACGGCAGCAUUGCCAGCAACAUACCCAGCCCGGACACCUUCGAGGAGGUGCAGUUCUUCAAUGGCAACAACUACUACAGAGGCCUGGACUGGUACAUGGACUUCUUUCCUGCGGAAACGCUGCCCAACACCAGCUCCCCCAUGCCCACCACACUCGGCACACCCCGUUACAUGUUCGAGAAGAGCGCCACCUACUUUGACGGCGAAGCGGUGCCCAAGCGGGCACACGCCCUGCUGCCACAUGCCAAAAUUGUGACCAUACUGAUAUCGCCAGCGAAGCGUGCCUACUCCUGGUAUCAGCAUCAGCGCGCCCAUGGCGAUGUUAUAGCUAACAACUAUAGUUUCUAUCAGGUCAUAACUGCCAGCGAUUCGGCGCCGCGUGCACUGAAGGAUUUGCGGAAUCGGUGCCUCAAUCCGGGCAAAUACGCACAGCAUCUGGAGCACUGGCUGGCCUACUAUCCCGCCCAGCAGGUGCAUAUAAUCGAUGGCGAGCAAUUGCGCCUCAAUCCCAUCGAUGUGAUGAACGAGCUGCAGCGCUUUUUGAAAAUCCAACCGCUCCUCGACUAUUCCAAUCACCUGCGCUACGAUGUGAAGAAGGGCUUCUACUGCCAGGCUGUCAGCGAGAAGCGCAAUAAAUGCCUCGGCAAGUCCAAGGGGCGCCAAUACCCGCAAAUGGAUGAGCGCAGUGCCAAGCUGUUGCAGCGCUACUAUCUGAAUCACAAUACGGCGCUGGAGAAGCUGUUGAAGAAGCUUGGCUCACGUCCCAUACCGCAAUGGCUCAAGGAUGAUUUGUCCACGGGCACGUGAUAGCAGCUAUUUGGAGGCGUGGCCAUUGGCGCUGUCGAACUUGGAAUUGGCUUAGGAAUUGGAAUCGGUGGCAACAAAUACCGCAAAUUGCGUGCUAAACUCAGGAAACAGUUGCACUGGCUGCAAAUGGCGGCGGCAGCGGCGCCAGCAGCGACGCCUGUAACUAUGCAGCAUAGUCGAGCAAGCAGCGCAGCAACAGCAGCAGGCAGCGACAAAAGCAGCAGCAGAGGCGGCAGCAGCAGCGACAGCAACUGGCAGAGCCGUAAAACGAAACAAAAGCAAAAACAAAAACAAAAACAAUACAAUUAGCCGCUUUGAAUAUGCAUAAAUCUUGUUUAUUGUUGUUGUUGCAGCUAUUUAAUGAUGUCGCUGCAGUUGUCAGUUGUCAGAAUAUAAAAACAGUUAACUAGCGUGUGUCUGACUGUGUGGGUGUGUGUGCGUGUAUAGGUGUGCGUAAUAUUAUGUAAAUAGUAUAAUAAAAUGUUUGUAUGCCUGUGUGUGUGUGUGUGUGUGUCUGUGCUGUCUGCGCAUUGUAAUCUAUACCAGAAGCAUCGUGAAUAAAUGAAUAAAUGCAUUCAUGCGCUUUGUUAGUUGUUUAAAUGUUUAAAAAAAAUAGAAAUGACUAAAAAUGUAAUAAAAAAAUGUAUUAUUAAUUGCAAGAAGUAUGUAAAACCCAUAAAAAUCACAGCCAAUUUUAGCGGUAAUUAUGCGUCCAAUUAACUCUGACUUGAUUCAUUUCGUUAUUACCUCAAAACUGUUUAUGUAAACUUUUAUCAAAGACUCCGAAAACACAACACAAUUGCAGAAAUAACUGAAUAACUAUAAAUAUUUAUGUUUUCAAAAAUUUUUUAUACUAUUUGAUUAACAUUUUAAUCCAUGCCAAAACUGUAAAGCCUGUCUCUGCAGUUGCGAGUGCUAUACAUAUGUUACAUAUAUAGAUAUAUAGUAUAUAUAAAUAAGGCUGCUAUAUGUUUUAAGUGUAUUAUAAAUGUUUUUAGCGUACAAAAUGCGAACGCAGCGAACGACAAGAGAAAUGCUUAAAAGAAACCUUCUAGUUGUAUGAUUGAAGCACUAAGCAAAGCUCUAUAUAGUAUAUAUAUUGUAUAGUUGGAUAUAUAUAUAUAUAAACUAGUUCAAGUUUAGAUUCGUAAUGCGACAAUAAUAAAAGCGAAAAUUUAAAUGCAA